UCUUUGUUUUACAACCUAACCACUGUAAUAGUAAUUCACACAUUCUUUGUUUUUUCUACCUCUAAAUUACAGCUACUAGUAUUAAUUAUUUUUUACGCCGUUUUAACAUGGAUCAAUCUCAGAAAGCCAGUUACCAUGCCGGCGAGGCUAAGGGCCAAGUUCAGGAGAAGACUAGCCAGAUGAUGGACAAAGCUAGAGAUACUGCUCAAUCUGCUAAGGAAUCCAUGCAGGAGACUGGACAGCAGAUGAAGGCUAAGGCACAGGGAGCUGCUGAUGCCGUGAAAGAUUCAGUGGGAGCGAACAAAUGAAGAAUUGGCUUUGAUCCAUCUGAUUUUUAUCAUUUUUCAUUUUUCAUGUAGUUUCUUUUGUUCAUUUUCAUAUUUGCAAAAGAGCUUGUGCAUGUGGUUCUCCUCUUUUAGAAUGUAGAGGGAGACCACUGAUGAAGAGAAUUUCAUUUAGUAUUAUGUUCAGCUCUAGACAAAUUGUAAUUUGAAGGUUUCAAUCCAUGAGUAUUAUCCACCUGGUUAAUUCUUCA